UCAUGGACAUUCAAAACAUCAUGUAAUAGUUAGGAGCAGCCUAAGCAGGCUAAGCAGUCAAUCCUGAAACAUCCAUUCCUGAUACAGCAGAAUAAGUCACCAUAAGUGCCCUUGCAUUAAUUAAAAUGCUUAAAGUAAUUAAGAAAUUAUCUUUCAGCAUGCCAGAGCAGGAAUUCCAUUUGAAGUUAUGGGUCUUUUAUUAGGAGAUAUUGUAGACGAUUAUCAUAUUAGAGUUUAUGAUGUUUUUUCAAUGCCUUAAACAGCAAGUAGUGUUUCUGUAGAAUCUGUGGACCCAAUAUUUUAAUAAAAGAUGGUUGAACUUCUCAAUUUAACAGGAAGAAUGGAAAAUUGUAUUGGAUGGUAUCACUCACAUCCAUCAUAUGGUUGUUGGCUAUCAAGUGGUAUUUAUUUAUUUCUUAUUAUUUAAAAGUCGAUAUCAAUACUUAAUAAUCAUAUGAAUAGUUAAAUAAGAAAUCAAUUGCUGUUGUUAUUGACCCUAUUUAAUCAGUUAGAGGCAAAGUAGUAAUUGAUGCAUUCAGAUUAAUUCCCUAACAAAAUAUGCUUAGUCAAUAAGAACCAAGAUAGACUACAUCAAACACAGGACAUCUUUAAAAACCAGGAUUAGAAGCUUUAUUAAGAGGAUUGAAUAGAUAUUAUUAUUCAAUUAAUAUCAAAUUUAAAUGCAAUGAUUUAGAAUAGAAAAUGCUUUAAAAUUUAUAUAAGAAUAGUUGGACUGAAGGAUUAAAGUAAUUAUUUAUUAUUCUAUUAUUUUUAUUAGAUGUAAUUCUGCUAGUGAAAAUAGCAAAAGAAAUGAAUCAUGUGUUGAAGAUAUGUCCAAAUUAGCUUUAGAGUAUUAGAAAUUGAUAGGUAUAUAUUUUGUUAUAAUUAAAUUAUAGAUGAUGAAUCAAAGAAAGGAGAAUAGGAAACCAAAAUUAAGAAUACAGGUAAAAAGGAUCCAAAGAGACAUCUUGGUUUGAAAGUGGAUGAACUCCUUGAUGAAAAUUUAAAUGCUAUAUUGGGUAGAAUGAUGGCUACUAAAGGCUUUUGAU